UAAACCUGCUCCAGAAUCCAACGUGCUGUGAGAACCAGACAUCUGUCACCAUUGUCCAGCCUAUAAUAAUAAUAAUAAUAAUAAUAAUAAUAAUAAUAAUAAUAAUAUUAAUAAUAACAACCUGCACAGAUCAUCUUUUAAAUUCUACUCACCUUCCUUUAUUGGACCAAAUCCGAGCGAGUUUUAAAAGAUGGCACUUUGGUACCAGCUACAACAGCUGGACUCGAGAUACCUGGAGCAAAUCGACCAGCUCUACGAUGAUGCGUUCCCCAUGGAGAUUCGUCAGUACCUCAGCCAAUGGAUUGAAAGCAUUGACUGGGACGCUGUGGCCCUGGAUGAGUCCCUAGCGAGGGUGCGUUUCCACGAGCUUCUGAGUAAACUGGAUGAGCUCUACGGUCGCCUGAAUCCGAGCAACAACUUCCUCCUUCAGCACAACAUCCGCAAAAUACAACGCAACCUACAGGAACACUUUCAGGAAAAUACAGUGUACAUGGCUAUGAUCAUAUCCAACGCCCUGAACGAGGAACGGAGAAUUCUGGAGUCGGCCCUCAGAACACAGGAAAAUACGGGCUCACCCCAGGUCAGUGUUGUACAGGAGAAGCAGAAGCAGUUGGAGAGCCAGGUGAAUGAGCUGAAGAAGAAAGUGCAGGCAGCAGAACAGGAUAUUCAGGUUCUUGAGGAUCUACAAGACGAGCAUGACUUCAAGAAGAAAACUUUACAGAGUAGAAUGGAGGUUGAAGCAAAUACACAAAUAGCCAAAGAGAUUCAGCUGGAGGAGUUGAAGAUCAGAGAGAUGUUCCUUCGGCUGAACAAAAUCAGAGAGGCAGUCGUAAUGGAGUUAUUAAAUGCACUAAAAUUAGCGGAUCUGACCCAGAACACACUCAUAACAGAAAAGGUUCCAGAGUGGAAGCAGAGGCAGCAGAUGGCUUGCAUUGGUGGUCCUCCAAAUGCUUGCCUGGAUCAGUUACAGAAUUGGUUCACCGCAGUGGCAGAGUGUUUGCAGCAGAUACGUCAUCAGCUGAACACGCUGCAGGAGCUGGUGGUGAACUUCACUUACGAAAACGACCCCAUCACUUUGAACAUGAGCUCAUUGCAGGAGCAGGUGCUGUCGCUGUUCAAAAACCUCCUCGUCAAUUCCAUUGUGGUGGAAAGGCAGCCGUGCAUGCCCACGCAUCCGCAGAGACCCCUGGUGCUGAAGACUGGUGUGCAGUUCACAGUUAAACUCAGGCUGCUGGUCAAACUGCCCGAGUUAAACUGCCAGCUAAAAGUCAAAGCCUCUUUCGACCAGGAUUUAACAGAAAAGAAUACAUUCAAGGGAUUUCGUAGGUUCAAUAUUUUAGGAACCAACACUAAGGUCAUGAACAUGGAGGAAUCAAACGGCUGCCUGUCUGCUGAGUUCCGGCACUUGCAACUGAAAGAAAAGAAAGUAGUUGGAAGUAGAGCAAAUGAGGGUCCUAUUCUCAUCAUGGAGGAACUUCAUUCCAUCAGCUUUGACACUCAACUCAACCAAGGAGAUAUCUCCAUCAGUAUAAAGACCACUUCACUUCCUGUAGUGGUGAUCUCUCAUAUCAGCCAGCUGUCGAGUGCCUGGGCCUCCAUCCUCUGGUUUAACAUGCUCUGUACUGACACUCAGAACCUCGCAUUUUUCCUGAACCCGCCUCCGAUGAUGUGGGGAGACCUGGCGAAGGUCCUGAGCUGGCAGUUUUCCUCCAUCACUAAGAGAGGCCUGAACACAGACCAGCUGAGCAUGCUGGCAGAUAAACUACUCGGUCCUGAGGCUCAAGGAGACCCGAACACUCCCGUCUACUGGACUAAGUUCGCUAAGACGACGUCGAACGAGAGAGGAGUUGCGUUCUGGCUGUGGAUCGAUGGGAUUCUGGACCUCAUCAAACGAUGCCUACUCAAUAUCUGGAAUGAUGGGCAUAUAGUGGGCUUUAUUAAUAAAGAGAAGGAGAAAACUCUGCUAAAAGACAAACGUCCAGGAACGUUCCUCCUGCGCUUCAGCGAGACGUGUAAAGACGGAGGCAUCACCAUCACGUGGGUGGAGCAGUUGCAGAACGGUGAACCCAAGACACAUUCGGUGAAGCCUUACAAGAAGCAGGAUUUAGUCAACAUCACUUUCCCUGACGUGAUUCGGAACUACACACUAAUGGAUGCUGAGAAUAUUCCGGAAAACCCUCUGGUCUACCUGUAUCCGGACAUCCCUAAAGACGUGGCGUUCUCACGCUACUACAGCGUCGGGGAGGCGUCAGAAGACAUGGACGUGGACAGAGUGACUGAAAUCAGUCCGUACAAGAACAGAUGGAUGAUUCCGGUGUCGGAACUCCCAGACGGAAGACUUCAAGAAAGAAUUCUACCAUUGAGUGCUGAGGAAUUUGGAGAGCUGCAGCAUAUUAACAGAAACAACGGGAUGGACAGCUUGUGUAUAAUUUUACCACAGUAAAUCCACAUCAACAGACAUCUUCAUCCGGUCCAUCUUCAUCCUUCAGCUUUCCUUCAACAGCAGCUUGUGGAUUGAACAGCAGACACGCUAGGGAAUGGGAAUGGGUUUCACAUAUUUUGUUAACAUGUGUGUGUGUGUGUGUGUGUGUGUGUGUGUGUGUGUGUGUGUGUGAGAGAGAGAGAGAGAGAGACAGAGUGAAUUUGUGGAAUUGCACAACUGUGGAAAUUAUUUUUAUGCACCAGUGCAGGACGACGAGGCAAUAACGCAGGCUCCGGUUGUUGUUCCUUCGCGGCUUUAUUUAAUAUUGUACAUCUAAAGUAUAUAUAUAUGGAAACGUCAUUUCAAAACAGAUGUGCACACGACUCGUCCUCUGAACUCUGUGAAGUCUUAUCUAUGAAAUAAAAAUAAAACUUCGAGGUUAUACUCUACACUUUUUGCCAAAUAAAUAUGUUAAAAUGUUUA